CCGGGACUGGAGCGGUUCAGCAGAGACGCUGCAGCGAUGGCUCGGUGAGCAGCACGGUACCGGACCGGUGCGGGACACGAGCCGCCACGACUUUCACCGGGCUGCUGGACACUUUUCAGAAACACCGGCUGCCCCCUUUUUCUUCAUCAGCUGAAAGCAACUAGUGGCAUCAAGAUGGUUUGGAAGCUUCAGCACACCUUGUCACUCCUUCUAGCUGCACAUGUCAUGUUUUCAGCCGUGAUUCACGUGAGAGCCAUGGAGGAGACCAGAGAGUGCAGAGAACAGGAGUACAAGGACCGGUUUGGGAACUGCAAACCCUGCAAACAGUGUGAUGCAGGACAGGAACUUUCGAAGGAAUGUGGCUUUGGCUAUGGAGAAGAUGCCCGGUGUGUGCCCUGCCGGAGCAGUCGCUUCAAAGAGGACCGGAGCCUGCAGAAGUGCAAGCCCUGUCUGGAUUGUGCACUCAUCAACCGCUUCCAGAAGGGCAACUGCUCUACCACCAGCAAUGCCGUGUGUGGCGACUGUCUGCCAGGGUACUACAGGAAGACAAAAUUAAGUGGAUUUCAAGACAUGGAGUGCAUACCUUGUGGAGACCCUCCACCUCCCUACGAGCCCAACUGCAGUGGUCGUGUGAACCUGGUGCCGCUGCCCUCGGUAGUGACGAGCCCGCGGGACAUGGCCCUGGCAGCGGUCAUCUGCAGCGCUCUGGCCACCGUGCUGCUGGCGCUGCUCGUCCUCUGUGUCAUCUACUGCAAGAGACAGCUGCUGGAGAAGAAGCCCAGCGCAGCGUCUCUGAGGCCUCAGGACUGUCCCUUUACCGGGGCCGAGCUUUCCUGUCUCGACCCACACUGGCUCCGUGACUUUCCCCAGAGACCCUGCUGCCAAUGUCACCAGGGAUCUGGACACAACUGCGGUCCAGUCCACCUGAUCCCGUCUCUGUGCUGCGAUGAGAGCUGCAGUCUGGGCCGCAGCCAGGAAAUCAGUCCCUUCCAGUCCCAGACGAGUCUCUGUGACAGAAAUACAAACCUCAGUGAGGAGGCGCCGAUGAAGGUGGAUGGACUUCCAGAGUCUGAGUCUCGGGGCCCUUGUGGCAUGACAGAAAGCUCAGAGCCUGAAGAGUAUUUUAGGAUGCCUCAGUGCUGUGGAGAACCAAUGGACAGACCUGAAGUGGAAGGAGAGGAGGAGGAAGAGGAAGAAAGGCCCAGGUCGAGGGAGUCCUGCAAUGGAGCUGUGACUGACGCAUUUCUUCCCAAAAAGCACGCAUCCCAGGAAGGAUGACAUGGAUUUCUUUGACUUGCGUUCCACCCUUGAACCUCCCUGGACUCGACAACAGCCGCGGCCGGAUUCCGUCUCAGAUUACUCACCAGUCUCCACACAAACACACACAGCCGCCGCUCACAAGCGCCGCCGCGCCGCCUCUUUGAAACGUCUGCUCGCUGACCUCGGAGCCCUCCGUCGGACGGUCCAAACAGAAUACGUACACAAGAACCAGCAAACGAGAGCACUGCCCAGCAGAGACCGCAGGGGAAAAGGCAGAGCUGCACGCUCAAGACUAAGAAAAUGUGAACCUGUUGGCCCAGAGGGUUAAAUUAUAUGAAGUUCAAACGUCGAGGCGUAUUUACUUAUUACUGUGGAGCAAAGAGAAUCAAAGUGAGCCUCUGCUCUGCCUUGAGAAUGUUGUAUCUUCAUGUGUAGGAGAACGUAAACUGUACCGCUCGCCUAGCAGCUGGUGUUAUGAAGCUUUUUGUGUGUGAAGCGACAGUUGUAAAGUUUGAAGAGUGAAGAAACGUGUCUAAAGUGAGUGUUGCACUUUGAAGACAAUCUUUUUCAUAUGGAGCAAGUUAAGACGAGGAAUGUCACUGUGUGUUGUAGAUACUGUAAAAUAGUAAAUAGGUCAAUAUUUUUGUUACAGACUGUAGACAUGACUUCAUGUUUUCUUUUCUCACCCCAUUUAUAGUGUUGUUGGUUGUGAGUGGUCACUUCCAUGUAUCAUUGUUGUAAAUAAAGCAUUAAAUAACAAUACAA